GCUCUAAAGAUAAAAGUGAAGGAGAUUGCCUACAUCAACGGAGACACCAAGAUCACUCCGGAAACGAAGAGCAAAACCAUCUACAAGCUGAACGGAGUGACGGAAAGGGACCUGAAGAAGACCGUGCUCUGGCUGAGAGGUGGCCUUCAGUGUACCUGCGAUGAGAUGAACGACAUCAAUGCACCAUAUUUGGUCAUGGGACAGAGGUUGGCUGGGGAUUUGGUGAUCACCUCCGUCAAGCGAUGGCAGAAAGGCCAGCGAGCCUUUAAGAGGUUUUCACGCAGCAUCCGCAAGCUGCAGUGCUAAUUGCUUGGAGUUUCUGGUCACAUUUAGUUGCCAUGCCUUAAGUUCUUUCACAUCUUCCUACCGCAGCCAUAAACGCCCGGUAGCAUGAAAAGAGUCGCUUCUUUUAAGAAGAAAAGAGACUCCCCUCCCCUCUAAUUGUGUUCAUAUAAUAAACUGUAAUUGACCAAAUCAUGAUUUUUCUUCUGUAUAAUUGUUUCCAAAAUGUGUUGUUUAGAGCUGUGCAAAAUGUAACUUUGAUCUUCUUUUAAUUUUUCUUUUAACUAUUCAUAUUCAUUAUACAUUUUGUCUGGCUAAUCUUUCUGCGUAGGUUAUAUGUCCAUUUUGGGCACUGGAGCCGACUUGUUCAGUUUGGUUUUGUUCCAAGUGAAAACAAAUGUGGAAGCCACGGUGUGGGAGAUAAUUUUAAAUGCCAAUUUUGCAAUUUGGCAUUUAAAAGACAAACUUUAUUUUAAACUUUCCUCUUAGCAGAAAUUGUAACUCAAAAGAUGGACAGAACAGAACUGAAGAAUAUCUUGCGAGUUUCUUUUCCCCAAAUCCUCUGCUGAAUUAUACAUGCUUAAGGCCUCUAACGUCCAUGAGUUGGUGUGCAUUACGCUUCAAUCUAAUGCAUGCUUCUGUGGGGAAGUGCACUGCACUUUAUGGGACUGGCGACCGUCAACAUAUGUUGCAUUGCAAGCUUGCUGUAGAACAGUGAUAGCCACCUUUGAGACCCCAAGUGCCCAAACUGCACACACGGAUUCCCAAACUGAAAGGUGCAUGCGCUUGCAAAUGUGUGCAGGGAUGCAUAUGCAUGCACAUGUGG